UGCGGCCAAAGAGUGUUGUUCUACGCAAAACAAUAGAUUAAUUUCUCACAAGUGUAUGAAACAGGUGUGCAAUGCUGUGUCAUUUAUUUUGCAGUGACUGUCAUGAAACUAAUGCAAACUUUUAUUGAAGUGAUUUAAGCAUUUAACGUAGUUUUUCGGUUAAAUUAAUUUCGGAAGUGUGACAAACUGCCUAGAAACUUUCUCGUGUUAUCAAAUUUUGCGGUGUUUUGUGUGAACAGCGGUACUAAAAUGAACUGUAUUUACAGUUUCUGUUAGUGUUUCACUGUAAUCCAUAAAUAUGACUACAGACAGGUUCCAUAAGGCGGCCAAAGAUGGCCUGCUGGAGGUGCUGCGUGAGGCGACGCGCAAGGAAUGCAACAACAAAGACGAGUCCGGGAUGACGCCCACUCUGUGGGCCGCUUUCGAGGGCCACGUGGAAGCGCUGCGCCUGCUCUGCGGCCGAGGAGGUGAACCUGAUAAAGCAGACUACUUCGGGAACACGGCGUUGCACCUCGCUUCAGCGCGGGGACACAAGGAAUGCGUCACAUUCCUGGUGAACUUCGGGGCUAAUGUGUACACAAUGGACGUGGACGGCCACACGGCUCAGGAGCUCGCCGCCAUCAACGGAAGGGAUGAUAUAUUGCGGUUUCUGGAUCAGGCCACUGCUAAGUUGGAAAAUAAUGAUAAAAAAAAGGCGAAGUCGAUGAAAGAGAAAGCUAAGAAAGACCACGAAAAAUCUCAUAAACAAUACCAAAAGCGUCAGAGCAAAGCUGAGAUUAUGGCUGAAAAAGAAUUAAAGAAGUUGGCGAAAGAGUGGGACCAGGGUUACAACGAGGAUGUGUCCACGAUGCCUCACAGGCCCAGCACCGUGCUCAUGGCUCUGAAGCAGAAGAUGACUAGGUCCACGAGCCAGGGUAACUUGCUCGCGGACGAGCAGCCCCGACCGACGUAUAGUGCUUUGGUUGGAACCGUAAACUCUGGCGCCCGCGGGCGCGGCGCCGUCUACAAAAAGGCUUUAGCUAGCAAGAUGAAGAACGGCACAGUGGGUCGUGCUGGACCGACGGAUGAUUUCAAGGUUGGCGAGGUGGAACACGGCGGCCGGCGCUCCGUGACGUCACUAAGCGGCGUGAGGCGGGAUUCUGAGGUCAUGUACGUUGGUACCUUCGGUGCCGGCCCUCAGGCUCGCGGCGAACUCAACAACGUGUUCCAACAGGCACCGACGGAGCGACAACCACUCACUAGAUCGUUGAGCCAGCCCGAUUUCACGGCGGCACAAGGAGAGGACAGCGGCAUCGGGCAGGAGGUGCUACUGCAGGAACCCGCCAGUAUAUUCGACCGGCCUGGUUUCGGGAGUGUCGCUUUCCGACGAUCAAUAACAGCAACGCUGGGGGCACUGCCCGCGGGUGGUGCACCAGGCGAAGACAUGUCUAUCGGCUCCGCUGGAUCGCUGGCCGCGCGCCACGCCUACCAGCCCGCUGAAUGGAACUCUGCGCAAUCUGAGAGCUCAACAAUAACGUCCGACGAAGAAGGUGAGGCAGACGACUCCGGCUACGCAUCGCUCGAGCGCUUCCUCACGGCAUGGGGCCUCGCUCAAUACGUUCAGAAGUUUAAAGACGAACAAAUCGACCUAGACGCACUAAUGUUGUUGACGGAGAGCGACAUGAAGUCGCUGGGGCUUCCACUCGGGCCUUAUAGGAAACUGGUUACUGCUGUGCAGGAGAGAAAACAGGCGCUGAGCAAUCCGGGGGUCAUUAUUGAUUCUGCUAUUUAAACUUGCAAUAGGUACCUACUGACGCAUCAACAUUGAUUAUACAUAUUUACAUGUUUACCUAGUUGAAAUCCAUGAGAAUGGCUUAAUUCUCAUAAAAGCAAGAUAAAGUUUUCGUUUCUGUUAUUUGAAUUAAUAAUGCUUUAUUCUGUUUUUAUUAUGCAGCAUACCUACACAUCCAUCCUAUCAAUCAUACUAUGAGAUUUUCUAAAAUGAAUGCCAAUUGCCUUGUGAACUUUAAAUAGGAUCAUAUAUAGUCUGUUGAAAUUAUAUUUUGUAUUUUUGCACCUUUUUCGUGUUUCAUGCGUAGAUACAUUCCAUUUUUAUUUUGAUGUAUUUCAUAAUAUAUACAUAUUAGUCAAGUGUCACCAUCAAUACCAUGCUUUUACAUCGUGGCUUUUAGUUAUAGUUAGCAUCAGUUUACCUAUUAGAUAGUGACGAUCAAAGUUGGUGUAAAGGUGUGCUUCGAUAUAUUUGGCCACUAUCUAUUUGAUGCUGACUGUACCUACCUACUUAUUGCAACAACAUAUUACUUUGCGCUUUUUCUAACGCAGGUAUCUAUGUUAGCGUAUGGAGCUAUGGUACUGAUAGAGAUAUUUUUAUUAUGAAAAGUAUUUCUGAAAUGUGAUAAGAACCAUAAUAAUCAUGUCUAGUGACAAUUUACCCAUGUCGCCAUAAAAUAUUUUUGUAAAUUUUUAAAUAUAUUUUUAUACGAUCGAA